GUAAACAUUCCCCAUUUUCACCUAGGGGCUAGCCCUAGCCCUAGCGCCGUCGCCUUCAUUGUUCCACGGUGCACCCAGCCGGCCUCCCCUCCUCGGCUCCUCCUCCCCCCCAAUCGACCGCAACUAUCAUGGCGGACAGCGGCGUGGAGGCGGAGGCGCCGCCUCCGGGCAGCCGAAGAAGAGGACGUUCCGCAAGUUCAGCUACCGCGGCUUCGACCUCGACGCGAUCCUCGACAUGUCCGCCGCCGACCUCAUCCAGGUCCUCCCCGCCCGCGCCCGCAGAAGGUUCUACAGGGGGUUCAAGAGGAAGCAAUUGAUGCUCAUCAGGAGGCUGCGCAAGGCCAAGGCGAAAAUGGAGGCACUUGCUGGUGAAAAGCCAGGGGUUGUGAAGACUCAUCUGCGCGACACGAUCAUCGUGCCAGAGAUGACAGGCAGCCAGAUUGCGGUGUACAAUGGGAAAAACUUCAACCAGGUUGAGAUCAAGCCCGAGAUGAUUGGCCACUACCUCGCCGAGUUCUCCAUCAGCUACAAGCCCGUCAAGCACGGGAGGCCCGGUAUCGGCGCCACCCACUCCUCGAGGUUCAUUCCUCUCAAGUGAAGGCCAAAGCAUCUCCGGAACUCGAUCGGUUUUGUUUGUUUCG